CUUCUACUGCUACUAAUUCAACUCUCAAUUAUCCUCUUUCUCUCUCUACAUUUAAUUUUAUUUUCUUGGAAAGCAUUAAGAAGAUGAUGCUGUCGAAGAAAGCAGCCUGCAACUCGCACGGGCAGGAUUCGUCAUACUUCCUCGGGUGGGAGGAGUACGAGAAGAAUCCGUACGAUGAGGUCUCCAAUCCCAGUGGUAUAAUUCAGAUGGGUCUUGCAGAGAAUCAGCUGUCGUUCGAUCUGCUGGAAGCGUGGCUCAGAGAAAAUCCUGAGGCGGCUGGAUUUAAGACAGACGAUGGAGAAUCCAUUUUCAGAGAGCUUGCCCUCUUCCAGGACUACCAUGGUCUCCCUGCUUUCAAAAAUGCAAUGGUUGACUUCAUGUCGGAAAUCCGAGGUAACAAAGUCAGCUUCGAACCCGACAACCUCGUCCUCACCGCCGGCGCCACCUCCGCCAACGAAACCCUCAUUUUUUGCCUCGCUGACCCCGGCGACGCUUUCCUCCUCCCCACCCCAUACUACCCUGGAUUCGAUAGAGACCUCAAGUGGCGAACCGGCGCCGAAAUAGUACCGAUCCAGUGCACCAGCGCAAACGGCUUCAGGCUCACGGAGCCGGCUCUGGAAGAGGCUUACCAAGCGGCUAGGGACCGCAACCUCCGGGUGAAAGGAGUGUUAGUGACGAACCCAUCGAACCCGCUGGGCACAACCCUGAGCCGCGCCGAGCUGGACCUCCUCGUCGGCUUCGCCGACGCCAAGUGCGUCCAUCUAAUCAGCGACGAGAUCUACUCCGGCACGGUUUUCGACUCCCAAGAAUUCAUCAGCGUCAUGGAGGUCCUCAAGGACCGGGACCACCGCACCAGCGCCGCCCUCCUGAACCGGGUCCACGUCGUCUACAGCCUGUCAAAGGACUUAGGCCUCCCCGGCUUCCGCGUCGGCGCUAUAUACUCCAACGACGGCGCGGUGGUGGCCGCCGCCACAAAAAUGUCGAGCUUCGGACUUGUCUCGUCGCAGACACAGUAUCUCCUCUCCCCCAUGCUCUCCGACCGGAAGUUCGCCCGGCGGUACCUCGCGAAAAACCGGGCCCGGCUGAGGGACCGCCAGGCAAUGCUGGUCCGGGACCUCGCUAAGGCCGGGAUCCCGUGCCUGGACAGCAACGCCGGGCUCUUCUGCUGGGUGGACAUGAGGCACCUCCUCGGCGCGGAAACGUUCGAGGCGGAGAUGGAGCUGUGGAAGAAGAUCGUAUACGACGUCGGAUUGAACAUCUCGCCCGGUUCGUCGUGCCAUUGCGCUGAACCGGGCUGGUUCAGAGUCUGCUUCGCCAACCUGUCCGAGCAAACCCUCCAUCUUGCAAUCCAACGGCUCAAAUCGUUCGUCCGUACCUCCCUCCAUCAUAACGGCUUUUUCCGGCAGAAACCUUCUAGAAGAUCCGAAUCUCUUACCACCAAAUGGGUUUUUCGGUUAUCGUUCAACGAUCGCGAACGGGAACGAUAGAAGCAUAAUUAAUUUACCCAUUUAUUUUAAUUAAUUAAUUAAUUAAUUAUUAAAAUUUACAUAUAUAUAUAUAUAUAUAAUUAGAAUAAAUUUUUAAUUUCUUUUUGUUUUAGUGUAUUUCUCAUAU